UUAGUAAUUCUGCGCAAAUUCGGUCCUCUCCAGCAGCCUUAUUAUUUUUAAGUGAUUUAAUAAUUGAUUCUAUUUCUGCUCUGUUUGGUUCUAAUUCUUCAUUUCUCAAGUUGUUGUUUGUGGGUUCCCCCCAUUCUUCGUCAUCUUCUCCUUGGUUUAAGUUGGGUUCGCUAUUCAGAAGUUGGUCAAAGUACUUCCGAAACUCCUCUGCUUUAUCUUUACUAUUUGACAAUAGUACCCCUUCUCCAUUUAAUACGAAUUGCGUUGUUGGCUUGAAUCCGUUUUUUAAGGAUUUACACUGCCUAAAGAAUUCUUUAGGGUUGUAUCUAUAACUUUCCAAUUUUUCAAUCUUUUCCUUUUCCAUUUUCCUUUUUUCCUGUCUUAGCACCUUAUGCGCUUCUUUCCUCUUUUUAACAUGUAACUCCACAUUUGGCUGAGUUGGGUAUUGUAGCAUUCCUAAUCUAGCAUCAUUGCGUAGUUUAAUGACUUCUGCACACUUCUGCACAUGGGAAAGUUUUUUUGAAUAUAUCUCCUUUAAGUUAAUUUACAACAAAACUUUUCUCUGAAGAACGUACAAGUUUAAAAAACCAACUUGAAAUUACAUUCAUAUUGAGAUAUGCAAUAUUAUCAAUUUUUAUGUUGUAAUAGGUAUAUGAACAAAUUGGGAUACGCAUUGCCUUUUUGCACAGCCCUAAUAUCUCGUAUGAGGUCUGCACCAUAUUUGUUGUCAUCGCAAGUGCUAGGGAUUACAUUGGCACCCAGAAUAGACAUUUUUGAAAAUCCCUUAUUUUAUUUUCGACUCAUCUCCAAAAUUAAAACUUUGAUUAGUCAGAUUUUAUUUAAAAAUACAAUUGAAUUCAUUACCGACAAUUACAUAACGAUUGUUGUUUGGAAAUCGGAGAAUGGCAAAAAAGUUGAUGUUACAUUUGAAUCGACAUUACCAUACAUCGAUCAUAGUACUUGUCGAAAAAUAAAUACAGACGGAUUUAAUCAAUUUGUGACGUUUGAUAAGUUUUGUACCUAUAAUAAAUUGGGUAUUAUAAAUUUAGAUUCAGAUUGUAGCGAUGAAAGUAGUGAUUUUUUGUGUAUAAUUUUGUAGCAGCAGAAGUGUUAAUUUUUAACUUUGGUGGAAAUUUUUGAUAGAUUGAAUCUAGUUGAUACUUUGAGAGUCAUAAGUAAAAUAUUCUAGUACUUUUCUUAAUAAUUGAAAAAAAAAUUGUAAUAAGUAUGAGGAUGCAAAACCAGUUUUAGACAAUAUGAGUAUUGUUUUUUAACGUGACCUAAAAAAAAGAAUAACCAUAGAUAUAUGAGAUUUUCACCAAAUUUUUAGAUUUUCAAUGUCUGUAUAUUAUGAUAAUAUUUUAUAUAUUU